CACGAAAACCCCAUCGUCUCGCUGAACAAGUGGGGGCAGUACGCGAGCGACGUGCAGCUGAUCCUGCGCCGCACCGGGCCCUCUCUGAGCGAGAGGCCGACUUCGGACAGCGUGGCUCGCAUCCCGGAGAGGACUCUGUACCGGCAAAGCUUACCUCCCCUGGCCAAGCUGCGGCCUCCCAGCGACAAAUCCAUGAAGAGGAGGGAGCCGAAAAGGAAAUCUCUCACCUUCACCGGGGGGGCCAAAGGGUUAAUGGACAUCUUUGGGAAAAGCAAGGAAUCCGAGUUCAAGCAAAAGGUGCUCAACAACUGCAAAACAACAGCGGAUGAGUUGAAGAAAUUGAUCCACCUCCAGACGGAGAAACUUCAGUGCAUUGAGAAACAGCUGGAGUCCAACGAAGCCGAGAUCCGCUACUGGGAACAAAAGUAUAACUCUAGCCUGGAAGAAGAAAUGGUCAAGCUCGAGCAGAAGAUCAAAAGGAACGAAGUGGAGAUUGAAGAAGAAGAGUUCUGGGAAAACGAGCUGCAGAUCGAACAGGAGAAUGAAAAACAGCUGAAGGAGCAGCUGCAGGAGAUGAGGGAGAGGAUCCUGGAGUGCGAGAGCAAGCUGAAGGACUACAUGUCUCAGAUCCACAACAUGGAAAGUGGCCUUGAAGCAGAGAAGUUGCAGCGUGAAGUUCAAGAGUCUCAAGUGAAUGAAGAAGAGGUCAAGGAAAAGAUCGAGAAGGUGAAGGGUGAAAUUGAUAUUCAGGGCCAGCAAAGUCUGAGAUUGGAAAAUGGCAUUAAAGCUGUAGAAAGGUCUUUGGGCCAAGCUACCAAACGGUUGCAGGACAGGGAACAAGAACUGGAGCAAUUGACAAAGGAGCUGCGACAGGUCAAUCUCCAACAGUUCAUCCAGCAAACAGGAACGAAGGUCACGGUGCUGCCAGCAGACCCUGUUGAAGUGGAGGCCCCGCAUGUGGAGCUUGAGAGAGAGCCAACAUUUCAGUCUGGGUCACUGAAGCGCCCUGGCUCAUCGAGGCAACUCCCCAGUAACCUUCGGAUUCUACAGAAUCCCCUGUCGUCUGGUUUUAACCCGGAGGGCAUUUAUGUAUGACAGUACGUACCUCUUCUGGAGAGGACCUAGCAAGGUACCCUGGACAAGAUACAUUUUUGUUUUAUUCUGCCAAUGAUGAACGGAAGAAGAUUUUUUUGUUUGUUUUUGUUACGCCACCGUAUUUUUUUUUCUUCUUCCUCCACACACCACUUGGAGCCAUACCCUGUGCACUGAUGCUAAAGAGACAGCAGAACUGUCUCGAUUCAUAAUUGGCAAGGAUGAACUUGCUGUCAACACAGCUAGAGUGCAAAAACCUUCAUUUGUUUUUGCCACUUCAGAAGUGUUUGGGAAAGUAUUGUUCCGUGUAUAGGCAUAAAUAAAAGACUGAGGGUGAAGGAAACCAUGUAUGCAACUUACCUGAGGUUUAAUUUAUUCCCUUUAAUCAAUGGACCUGUGAAUGUUGACCUUUUAUAUUUUUAUUUUUAACUUGUGAAUAAUCACGUAUGGCUGUAUGUCAGUCUGACACGGUGACUUUAAUUUGCGUGUACAACCAUCCACCAUUUGAUUAAGUACAACAACUUGCAACGCAGAGUUCUGUGGAGUGCUGAACCAUUAAAAUGGUUUCUCACCACUGACUUCGUUAAUUUCUGUUGUGGGUCAUAAUAUGUCAUGUUCCACCCAUUGCUACCUUUUACGGCUUGAAAAGUGAGCUUGUGGGAUUUACUUGCUGUUGAAUCUGCCUUGAAUGAAGCACCUAGUGUUCAAAAGAUUUAUGGAAUUUAAACCUUGGCUUGGUAAAAAUAUUUUCAGCAUAUGAUUGAGGAUGCACUAGUUAGAUGAUAUUUUAUUAUAGAGAAUGUAUAUUUGAAAUAUUUUGCCACAUUGUAUAUGCCUUUUGAGAAAAGAACAAUGUAAGAAGUUGUCUUCAUAUAUCUUACCAAAAGAGAAUAGAAGGCUUUCA